CUAAGACUAAAGGAGGACGUGGGCAUUCCCAGGAUUAUUCCAACAUUUCUCCCUCAUAUGACAGACCACCUAGGACUAAAGGAGGACAUGAACACACCCAGGAUUAUUCCAACACGUCUCCCUCAUAUGACAGACCACCUAAGACUAAAGGAUGACAUGAACACUCCCAGGACAUGUCUACCUCAUAUGACAGACCACCUAGGACUAAAGGAGGACAUGGACAUUCCCAGGAUAGAACUGCAUCUAUUAUUCAAGGAACUACUGGACAUGCACAUGUCUCUAGUGUGAUAGUAACAACGUUUUCUCCAACAGAAACGUUUAAAUACAAAUGCCCGAAAAGCUGUGUGUAUUGUGGGGUUGCUAAAAAGAAAUGUAUGGCUUUAGAUGAAUAUGGAGACAUUUUAUCUACGUUUACUGCAGAACAAGUGUGGUUAACUGCCUUUCAACAGUUCAAAGAGAUGGGUACGUUCAAAAUUGACAUCCAGAUAGCUACAUGUGAUGGAUUUAAGUCGUUCUUCGGAGCCUUCGCUGUACUUACCACAGCUGUCAAGACGAAUUUGGCAAACUUCCUGGCCGAUCCCUCUAUCGUUACAGCCGCUCAAAUUGAACAGUUUCCAGGUGAAAUAUUUUCAAUGUUAAAGUCUGAAGUUCAAACACGCGUGUUCAGCGGUAUGACAUUAGCACAGAAGGGGGUUGUUUGUAACGGAUGGAAAUCUAAGGAUUGCUUGACCAAAAUCGUCAUCAAAGACUUAUUGAGUUGCGUGAAUAUUCUUGAGAGUAACGGAGUGACUUUGACAACUGACGAGAAGAAAAAAAUUGUCGAUACGGAUUCGUACGAUACCUGGUCCGAAGAUGAGUGGAUUACGGCAGCACAACAGUUCCCAGAGGUGUUAAAUAAGGCGCAAUACAUGAGUAUGCCUAUUACUGUGAUGGUAGAAACCAUGGUAAAUAUCAAAGCAAUCGCCAAAGAACUUCAGAAAGGUGCAAUUUUUGCCAUCAAGAAACGUUUAAAGGAGUAUAUGUUGAGUCAAAUGCUGAAUGUAACGUCGGCCACACAGAGAGACUGGGUGGAUCUGAUGAAAGAAUUCGGUGCUGAACCAAAGCUAUUCAGUGACGUCCUAGGAGUAGCGGCAAGUUUGUCACAGCUUGAUAUGGCGAAAGUGACCAAAGAGUAUCAAGUAAAAUUUCUGGAAGAAAACAAAGAUGAUAUUGACAUGUCAGCACUGUCUAGUUCGCAAAUCAUCGGACUGAUUUCGGGGCUAACAGAAAGCGACAUGUUGCUGUUAAAUGUUGCUGCGUUAGAAACGGCUGCUCCUGCGAUAUUUCUACUAGAAAUCGAUCCGUAUCAGAUGAGAAAGAUUCUGAAUGUGUUCAGAACGAACUUACCUAGCUACUUCAAUCCUUCUUCAUUUGAUGCCGCAAAAAUGGCGGUUUUCGCGCCAGUGAUGGGAUACCUCUCUGAUGCUGAGUUCGAAUCGAUCCAGGAUUCAGUGUUACUAUCGGGUAUGAGCAACGUCGCCAGCUUUGGAAAAACUUCUCGGAAAACCGCCAGCAAGAUGAUGAAGGCGUUAAUCGAUAGCAGUGGUUCCAAUGGAGCUUUGUCCAGCAACGACAUAAAAACCUUAGGAGUAAAUGUCGUACUUGAUAGUCUAGAGGUUGAUGGGAUAUCAAAAGUACCCGCUGCAUCCUUUACCAAAGAUAUUAUCGCAGACAUAGAAAAGGCCAGCGAUGAAUUAGACAUGUCUGCAGCUGUAAAAAGUAAAUUAUUCGAAAAGAUGGUGGAAGGAGCUGGUCUUACGGCAGUACUUGAAUCACCAAGCCUGGCUAGAGAAGUACCUAUCAGUUUACUUCUUGACGGGAUAUCUUCAAUGACUGAUAUUGCCGGAGAAAACACAAAAAUCGAUAUUGUAGUUACAAUAAAACAGGCUAGGUUCCUGAAAGAGGAGAUGGAUAAACUGUCGGUGACGUUAACGUUGCAGAGGAUCAACAACAUCCUCCCAUACACAUGUGCACUCACAAAUGAACAGAUAAAUGGCAUUGAAAAGGACAGUUUCUAUUUUGAUAUCCUUAACAAAUUGACCGAAAGUUCAUGUGUCACCAUCGAUAUGAUUUCUUUUCUACACAACCUCAUCAAAGAGUAUCUUUCUUUUGAUUCUACGUCGGCUGCGGACCUUCAAGCAAUAACCACCACAUCGACCUUAGCAAACAUGUCUCCUAAAAUCAUGGCCAAAUUUACACAGGAUGAUCUGAACAAGUACGGCUCUGCCAUGUGCUUGACAAUUGUUGAGCAAUUGGGGCUUGCUGAUAUCAACCUUCUUUCAAAGACAGAACUUCAGGCGAAAUACCUCUACAGUAUUACCUGUCUUAGCAAAACUACAGGAACCAUAACCGCAGACGACUUGUUAUCAAUUGGAAACAUGGUUUGUGGUAUGACCACUACUGAUUAUGUAAGGCUGGACAAUGAUGCUUUGGAACAGUACGUGAUGUGGAUGCAAAGAACAUGUCCCAUGAGCAAUGCUGAGAGACAGGCUUUAGUCAACGCUUUUGUUGCUGCAAAGGGAUUAACGAACAGUAUCAAGACGUACGAAAUCAUAAUGCUAGGGACUUUAUUCCCCCUCCUGCCGCAGACUGUUAUCGAUUCUAUCACUGUUGACACUGUACUAGACAUAGCAGGACCGAUACAAGAUGAGUACAAUGAAAAGAAGAAGUGUACUAAAUCCCGAAAACAGUCAGGAAAAUCAAACGAAUUUUCUUCGGAUGACGAGACCGCAUUUGUCAGUGGAGAGCAAAAAUUCUACACAAAAAUAGCGAAAGCAUUAGAUACAAAAGCUAAUGCUGGAAGUCGCAGACGUAGAAGAUCCACAGCCUCACUGACGUGUAGUAACAUUCAAGUACUCGGCGCAGCAGGCGUGUCAGCCCUGUCUACAACACAGCUGAGUAGCCUUGCUGAUCAGGAGUUCACUAGUUGCAUAGAGACACUGGGAUCAGUAACGGACUACAGUGACGCACAAAAGACGGCCCUUCUAGACGUCGCCACGAGGAGUAGUGUUUUGGGCGCCCCAUCCACUUGGUCCACCACCAACGUCUACAAUACUGGUGUGAUAUGUCAGGCCCUGACAGAGGCCCAGAUCGGUACCCUCACUCUAGACCUGGACGCCGUCAGUCGACUCGGACAGUUCGAUGGUUGGGAUAGUCUUAAGAAAAAGGCAGUGUUUGAACGAUGGUUGAGUCUACUGAAGGGAGGGGAUAGCAGUACCAUUACGUCCAGUGAACUCAGGUCACUAGGUCAUAUAACCUGUGGAGCGACAACAAGCCACAUCGAUGUCAUCCCACACGCUAUCUAUAAGAAUGCGGCAGACUCGAUCGGCGAGCUGACGAGCUGUGAUGACACACAACUGCAAUCGUUUGCCGCCUUGGCAAAAGCAGCUUACGGGAGUGACGUCACUACGUGGCUUUCCUCUGUUAUAUCUAACAUUGGGAUAACGAUAGGCGGUUUACCGACCUCUGAUAUUGGUAUGCUAUCGACUACUCAGAUAGAUGCUAUAGACUCCAUCCACAUCUCGCACAUUCCACCUGCUACAUUUGCAGGGUUCACUGUUGAGCAGUUUCUGACAUUCAGUACAUCACAAUUAUCUGCCUCGACGGCCGACCAAAGAUCUUCUCUAAGUGAAUCUCAACUCGCCGCCCUCUCCGCUGACUUCAGUUCAACGUCAGACAAUGGCGCGGGCACGGUUACGUCAUCGGUGAUGCUGGCUUUAGUGCUUUCGUUGGCUGUGGUGUACCAAUAGGUUAAAGGACGUUAUUUGUCCAUACCAAUGUUGACAAAAUAACGGAACAGUAGAGUUGUACAUAUAAACGCCGGUAUUUGUUUUCCGGAAUUUCACUCUACAGCGUUAUGUGUGAUUCUAAACGUUAUUAUACUUUGUAUUGUGUGAUCCGUCAGCUCAUGUAUAUAAUAUUUGAUUUAUCAACAAAUCUAUAGUUUUGUUUACGAAUGACAAUAACGAAUUUAUUGCUUGAUGUUUAAAUGUCAAUUUAUUCGGAAUUGAAAUAGAAAUACUCGAUUUUUUUUUGAUUUUUUAUUUAAAACAAAUCAGUGAACACAAAUUUGUUUGGCCAUUGUUGUAUUGUUGAUUUCAGUUUUACUUUACGCUUUUUUUUUCUUGUUAUUAUGUUUCUUGUGAUUAUUUGUUAGUCAAGAGUUAUCUUUCUACAUCUUUUAACUUGGUAAUCAUGACGUUCUACACAGUUCAACUGAUUAAGUUAUCAAGUGUUUACAUUUGUUAUUGUGUAUUUAUCUUAAAGGUAUCGAAGCUGUAGAAGCUGCUACUACACUAAGUGUCUGUGUGACGACACGUAUUAUAUAUCUGCUAUAACUUUGUGAUAACUAAGUUUUAUAUGGGUGUUGUUUACCAUGUUAAUCUGACUCGAUUGGUAUAUUUCUGGUAGUUUUUUUAGUUGAUAUUUUCUAAAUGUAUUAUGCAUUAAUGCAUUAUAUUAAUAUUAUUUGUGUGAUUUGAAUUUAGAAUUAAUCAACAUUUCUGUUUAUCAUCAUUCGGUGAGAAGUGCUUCACAACAAUUUCUGGUACGUCAACAAUAUCUUGAUAUGUAGGAAAAAUGAUAAUUAUGGCGUAGAAAUGGUUCUUUGGAAAAAAUAUGUAUAUAUAUAAGUAUAUCAAAAUAAAAUAGUUUGUAUCAAUCCAUUACUGUUGGUUGUUUUUAUUAUACUGCUUUAUGCAGUUUCAGCCAAAAUAAAUGUUGGUUUUAAAAUUUCAUUUGAAGUUCGCUAAUUUUUCCCUUGUCAUGUGAUAAACGAUACGAGCAACGUAAGACAGGCAUAUGUGAUUGCAUUCUAUAAUAUUUGGUAAUAGGUCUGUAUGCCACAACUAUUUACACUACAUCCUUUAGCUGUUUUGUCCUUCUAAAACUCAUGGGUUUUGGUAGAGGCCAAAAUCGUGGAGAUCCAAAUUGGUCUCAACUUCUGUUGGAACUUACUUUUAUAUGAUCAGCAAAAACCUUAAAAAUAAUAUUUAAAAUAUUGCUAUAAAAAUCAGAACAACACUUCAUGCAGUAUAAAUUGUAUAGUACAAAUAGAAUAGUUAUAUUUAAGGUAAAUGGUAGCACUGGGUAGAG